GCCUAUUUCCGUUUACUUUUUGAUCGACUUUACUCGAUCAGGGUUGUAAACCUAACGACCUAAAAUUUUUACGACAGUAAAUCAUUGUAACGUAUCGUAGUAACAUAAAUUUAUAUUAGAGUUUCCUUUCCAUAGAAAAUUGUUCCUUUAUAAGUCUGUCAAAAUAGCGGUAAAGAGUUGUUUAUGUUAAGCCUUGGAAGAGUUCGUGUCUCCAUUUCGACGAUAGAUGAAAGAAAUUAUUCUAUUAUCUAGAAUAUGUCACAACAAACAGCUGUUGUACAAACUAGUACAGGAUCUGAUAUAACACCUGUUCUUGGAAAUUUGCAAUCUGUUGGUCCCACUAAUCAAACGUUACCAGUUAUGUCUACUAUACAAAGUAAUAACACAGUACCCAUUUUACAAUCACAACAAACACAAAAUCAACAAUCUCAGUAUACGUCUCAAGCAUCAAAACAGCAAGUAGCACAGCAUUCAUCCGUAUCGAGUUCUUGUAAUGACUUUCCACAAUUCCUUACCAAAACACGUUUACAAGAUUUAGUAAGAGAGGUAGAUCCAACUGAACAAUUAGAUGAAGAAGUAGAGGAAAUGCUUCUACAAUUAGCAGAUGAUUUUGUAGAAACAACCGUAAAUGCAGCAUGUCUUUUAGCUAAGCAUCGUCACGCAAAUACAGUGGAAGUCAAAGAUGUACAACUACAUUUAGAAAGAAAUUGGAACAUGUGGAUACCUGGUUUCGGUACAGACGAGGUUCGUCCAUACAAGAGAGCAACGGUAACAGAAGCACACAAACAAAGACUGGCGCUAAUACGAAAAUCCAUUAAAAAAUAUUAAAUUUCUUAUGGUUCCUAUAUAUGUAAAAAGAAAGAUUAUAGUAGCUUACUUUCAAUCAAAAAUUUUAUACUUAUAUACAUUCAUGUGUUGGCAUAUGAAUUGUUAAUAUAUGAUCCAUUACAUUAAUAUGAGAUUAUAACUGUUAAAUUACAUCCUUUCAUGACAUUUACUUGCACGUUAUUCCUACUUGAACAUUGAAACAUUAACUUUAUAUCUUUUACUACGGAUAAUAAUAAAAACAGCUCAUUGUUAUAGAUCAA